UUUUCUCUCUCUAGCCAUGGCUGGUCCAUUUUAAUUUUUUGUUUUCCAUUUUUUUCUCAUUUGGAGCUCUGAAAUUUAUAAAUACAGAGAACCAAAUCAAGGAUUGAACCAAUCCCAGUUGAGUUUCACCAAGAUUUUCUAGUAAAUUUUUAAUUUUUCUGAGCAAGAAGAACCGAAAAAUUGGGUAUGGCUCAUGAAGAAGCAAUGAAGCAGCUUCAGUCUUUGAUAGAAGAUGUGGCGGAUGAGUCAAUGAAGGAGGCAUUUAAGAAUAUGCACCAAGGUAAUCCAACUGCGACAUUGGAGCGGUUUCUCAAAGCUAGGGACUGGAAUGUCUCAAAAGCGCACAAAAUGUUGAUUGAUUGUUUGAAAUGGAGGGUAACGAAUGACAUUGACAAUAUAUUAUCGAGACCUAUUGUCCCUGCUGAAUUAUAUAGAGCGGUGCGAGAUUCUCAGCUAAUGGGUCUCUCGGGCUACUCAAAAGAGGGUCUUCCUGUAAUUGCAGUUGGUGUUGGGCAAAGCACAUAUGACAAAGCAUCUGUGAAUUAUUAUCUGCAAUCACACAUUCAAAUGAAUGAAUAUAGGGAUCGUGUAGUAUUGCCUGCUGCAUCUAAAAAGUACAAACGGCACAUUAGUACCUGUCUGAAGGUUUUGGAUAUGACUGGAUUAAAGCUGUCAGCACUGAACCAGAUAAAGCUAAUGACUGCAAUAUCGACAGUAGAUGACUUGAAUUAUCCAGAGAAGACUGAAACAUAUUAUAUUGUCAAUGUCCCAUACAUGUUUUCAGCAUGUUGGAAGGUUGUAAAGCCUCUUCUGCAAGAAAGGACAAAGAGAAAAAUUCAAGUGCUGCAAGGGAAUGGGAGAGACGAGUUGUUGAAGAUAAUGGAUUAUGAUUCCCUCCCACAUUUUUGUCGAAAUGAAGGUUCCGGGUCAUCCCAGAAUGGAACUAUCCAAAAUUGUUUCUCUUUGGACCACCCAUUCCAUCAAAUGCUCUACAAUUACACAAAACAGCAAGCUGUGCUUAUGGAAUCCGUUUCACCAAUAAUACGACAUGGCUCAGUUCAUGUAGAUGUCCCUGAGCCAGACCCUGAAGAUGCCAAGAUUGCAGAGACCAUAGAGUCUGAGUUUCACAGGCUUGGCAAGAAUGGACUCAUGAAGACAUUGAGCGGCCCCAAAGUUGACGGAUAAUUAGAAUUUCAGAGAAUACUAAUUACACAUUUGUGGCUAAUGCAUUGUCCUCAAUUCCCAACACUUUAUGGCCUCUGUCACAUGUGAUGUUGAGCCAUGGAGGUUUUGUACUUAAGCCAUUAUAAUGUAGCAUUGGCUUGCACCAGGUUCAGAUUGAUGCAAGAGAUGCAAUAACUAAUUUGUUGUAGCUUCACACUCUCACCACGUUUGUGUGGUUUUUCAUAUUCUACUGAUAACAGAGUAAAGCUCUUCUGAUUUUUAAAUGCUAGAGUUCUCUUCUGCACGUUAUAAGCUUCCAUGGCAAGUGCCAUUGCAGCAGGCAAGGCACUGCCUGUAUGACUUGAGACUGUCUGCAUGAAAUUAAGCACUUUGUAUUAGGUAUUAGUGAAAAUGCAAACUUUUUGUGUGAAGUCUUUUGUAUAAGUUGAAAUGAUCAAAAUAAUUUUAUAUGAUUAACACAAUCUUUUCUAGUUCCUUCAA